AUGCUCGACGCUUUCGAGAUCCUAACGACGUCCGGGGUCGUCUUGUGGUCGCGAUCCUCGUCCAAAAUCGGGCCAACCGCGGUCAACAGUCUGAUCAACGAUGUCUUUAUCGAAGAGAAGGUCCGUCCCACAGCGACGAACUCGGGCAAACCCACAUACAAGUACGACAAAUACACCCUCAAGUACACUCUGGUCAAAGACUUGGGACUCAUAUUUGUCGCGGUCUACCAGUCUCUGCUUCACCUCACCUGGGUUGACAAAUUGCUCGACGAUGUGCGGACUAUCUUUGUCGAAGUCUACCGUGGUCAGCUGGAGGAACUAGACUACGCUGCCCUGAAGUAUCCUUUCGACAAGUAUUUUGACGAGGAGUUACGUAGACUGGAUCAGAAUACUGGUGGCGCAGUCACCACACAGCCAACCCAGGUCGCCACGGCGCAGGAGGACAAGAAAUUAAGUGCUGAAGAGGCAGACACUGGAGGGCCACCACCACCGGAAAUACCUUCGCUGGUCAAGGCGCAGCCAAAAGCUGUGCCAGUGGUGAACGGAGAUUCCGCCCGGGAGACACCUGUUCAAUCACCUGAAACCUCUCGUCCGUCAACACCUAUCCCAGGCAUCGCGCCACAUCUGUUGACAGAGAACAAGAGACCGGGAAGUCGUGGUUCCAGGAGACAAAGAAAGGCCGCCAAUGCUGCUGCGUCUCCAGGCGUCUCUAGUGGGGACGAAGCUAGGAGACCCAAAACAUCCAAGGGGACCGCAAAGAAGGGUCGUGUCUGGGGUCCUGACGGAAUCGCAGACGACGCCGAUGAUACCAAGCUCGAUUACUCGAACACCGGCGAUGAUGUCGACGAUAAGGGGGUAGCAUCUCCGCCACCGGAAGAAAUAGCUCAAGAGAGUUGGGGCACGAAGAACAAACAGGGUCAAUUCGUCCUCAAAGACCUGGGUGACGAAGUCAACAAUAUCCUGAAAUCUGCAGAUCUGAACAAGCCUGCCACCAACGGAGCCGGAAAGUCGACCUUUGGAGCCAUUUCGGGCUAUUUCAGAAAUAUUGUCGGCGGCAAAACCUUGACAAAGGAAGACCUUGACAAACCCUUGAAAGCCAUGGAAGAACAUCUGAUCAACAAGAACGUCGCACGCGAUGCGGCCAUCCGAUUGUGCCAGGGAGUCGAAGCUGAAAUGCUGGGCAAGAAGACAGGCGCCUUCGAAUCCAUUGAUGCGGCAUUGAGACCUGCACUAGAGAACUCGCUGCGACGGAUCCUUACGCCUAGAUCAUCUUUAGACCUGCUGCAGCAAAUCGAGACUGUGGCAAAUCCCACCGGCGCGAAGGCUCAACCCCGGCCAUUCGUGAUCACCAUUCUGGGUGUCAAUGGGGUCGGAAAAUCCACCAAUCUCUCCAAGCUUUGCUACUUCCUCCUUCAGAACAAUUAUCGCGUUCUGAUUGCAGCAGGAGACACCUUCAGAUCUGGCGCCGUGGAGCAGCUGAACGUCCAUGUACGCAACUUGAAGGAACUCACCGCCCGCGAACGCCUUGGCGCAGUUAGUAUCUACGAGAAAGGCUAUGGAAAGGACGCGGCAAACGUGGCUCGAGAUGCGGUGGCGUUCGCCAAGGAGAACGACUACCAGGUCGUGCUCGUGGACACGGCCGGGCGAGCCCAUACGAACACCCAACUCAUGGCUGCGCUGGAAAAGCUCGUCGACUUCGCGAAGCCGGAUCUGAUCUUGCAGGUCGCCGAGGCCUUGGUCGGGAACGAUUCGGUAGGCCAGGCCCAGAACUUCACCAAAGCAUUGGGCAAAGGCCGCAAGCUCGACGGGUUCAUCGUCUCAAAGGUGGACACUGUGGGCUCGGGCAUCGGAACAAUGAUCUCCCUCGUGCACGCCACGUCGGUGCCUGUCCAAUUUAUUGGCGUGGGUCAGCAUUAUGGCGAUUUGAGGCAGUUGUCCGUUCCAUGGGCGGUGAAUAUGCUGAUGAGUUAA